UUGCUGUGUCACUAACGUGACAGGCUAAGGCCAGUGAUGGCCCAUCUUGCCUAUUACUUGAUUAUUUUACAGUCGAAUAUAAUUUUUUAAACUAAUUACUUGAUGAUUUAUUCGAUUAUUAUUAGACUUGUCGAAUCAUUCGAUUGGUUAGAUAAUCGAAAAUUAGUUUCGAACUAAUGGAUUAGUACAUACAGUCGAUUAUCUGGCUUAUUAAUUCAAUAAUCGAUCGACAUUCCGACAUCCCUAGGCCCAAAAGUCCGUUUAGAAAUUUUUAUUUCUAGACGUUACCCAUAAUGAGUACAUUUUCGGGCUUUAUUAAAGAGAUUCCGGGUAUAUCGGUGGAUCACUUUAUCGAACGAAACCGCACAGAAUCGGUAGCAUUUCUGAUAUCGCACUGCCAUUCGGAUCAUAUGAGGGGACUAGAUCUACCGGAUAGUCUUCCCGGUCCGCUUUACGCAAGUCCUAUAUCGGCUGUGUUCCUGAAACAUCGCUUCCCCCAGGUUACCGAAAAUGUAGUGGUGCUCAAUAUCGGCGAUCAAACCACAAUCUGUUUGGAUCGCGAAAACAAUGCUCGUCGAGUACACGUGACAGCCAUUCCUGCUGGGCAUUGCCCCGGAUCAGUUAUGUUUCUUUUUGAGAAUGAAAACCAGCAGCACAUACUUUACACCGGUGACUUUAGAAUUGCUGCUAAAGAUCUUCGAAAUAUUAAAGCCUUUAAGGAUUUAUGCUUGGAGACCGUCUACCUAGACAGUACAUUUUUCAAUCCCAGCUACGAUUAUUUUCCUGCACAAUCGGAAACGUUGGCUAGACUAGUCACGUUAUGCAGCAAAUGGCUAGAUUUCAAUAAUCGGAAUGUAAUAUCAUUAAAACUUUCAGCUACUUUUGGUUCAGAAUACUUAUUUAUGGAACUUUACCGCCAACUGAAGGAAAAAGUUCACGUUCAGCAUAGAGAAUGGCAGCAAUAUCGUUAUCUUGCAAGCUUGGACCAGUGUGUCACUCCGGAAGCCACGGCAGCAAGAAUCCAUGCGUGCUCUGGAACUGGAACUUUCAGACAGGCCGACCAGCUUCAUUGCCAACCAGAGCUAGAUUAUCGAAACAUUAUGGUUAUACGCCCCUCUGCCAUGCGAUGGCGACAUCUCACAGCAAAGGAUCCAUUCUGCAAAAUUUUGAGGUCAGAUCGGGAGGAGUAUGCAAUCUGCUACUCAAACCACGCUAGCUACGGAGAACUGGUGGACUUUCUGCGCUAUCUUCGACCAAAGCAAGUGCAGUUUUGUGUUCUUGGGAAGGAAGACACGGACGAGCGACGAAUGAGACUGUUGGUUGGAAAUAUUUUGGCGGAUGAAACGGCAACCGGAAUUGAUAGCGACACUUUGCCUGUGAGCUUUAACGGUAUCGUUUACCGGUCACCUGGUCGUAGAGUAAGGCGAGAAUACUCUGAUGAUGAGACCGAGGAGGAAGAUACUUCGAUACAUACUUUACCUAAAAGACGUCGAAAUUUGCCUGCACAAAUCUGUUGACGGUCAGGUGUUGUUAGUUGUUUCAUUACAUUUAUUUUAUUUUAUAUCACAUCAUUUGUACAGUAGUAAUAAAAUCACACCGAUGCCAAGUC